UUGAAUAAUUAACUAUUAGGUAGCCGAAUUAUCCAAACUAGAUUGACAAACAAAGUUUAAAGUAAUAUCAUCUCGUAAAUUCGUUGCAGGGAAUAAACACAUCCAACCCAAAAGCUUAUAAGUUUGACAAAAUUUCCAAAUCAUUCUCUUAGAUAUGAUAAUACUUUCCUCCAGUACCUAUAAAUUUUCAGAAACUGCCAUCUGUAAUCAAACUCAGCCAAGUGUCAAGCAAUGGGAACUCCAUUCUCCUCAGUGGAUUUCUCAAGCUUUCCCCACUAACCAUCUGUACAUUAAAUCGUCAAAUCACCCUCCUUCUUCUCUACAUUCAACACUUGUCCCAACACAACUAAAUCCUACACCCACCUCUUCCACUCACCAAUCUCUUCAAAUAACGAAUAGCAAAAUUUUGCCCCAUCGCAGAAAGAAACCUCAUUUGGUUUUUGAUCUUGUGUUAAAUCAUGAGUCAAGAACAACCACGCAGGGACGAACAACUGCAGCAGUCUCGCCGGAACGACGAUGAGCAGCUUGAAACCAUCAAAUACGGUGACAUUUUCAACGUCUCGGGCGACCUAGCCGCGAACCCCAUCGCACCUGAGGAUGCUCGAAUGAUGGCCAGUGCUGAAACGAGGGUGUUGGGGCAAAUGCAUGAAACUGGUCCGGCCGAUGUCAUGCGAGCCGCCGCCGCUCGCAAUGUUCGAGUUGGACUUCUUAGUAGCCGUGAUAUUAGCGAUGUUGCUAAAAGUCAAGGCAUUAACAUCAGCGAGACCGAUGUUCCGGGAGCCCGCGUCGUCACUGAAUGCGUUGCCGGGCAGGUUGUUGGACAGUAUUUGGACACGACAAUGACGAGUGGGGUAGAGAUGCCGGAGCAGGAUGUAAUCACGAUCGGACAAGCCUUGGAAGCGGCAUGUCAAAUGAUAGGAAACAAGCCGGUGGAGCAGAGUGAUGCUGCAGCAAUUCAAGCCGCAGAGGUCUGUGCAACCGGCAACAACGCCAUAAACCCAGGUGGGCUUGGCGCCACUGCCCAAGCGGCAGCAAUUUUCAAUGCUAGAAUGGAUCGAGAUGAGGACAAGAUCAAGCUCAACUAUGUCCUUACGGAGGCAACUGAAAAACUGGCGACAGACAAGGCAGUGAGCCGUCAGGAUGUGGAGGGGGUUGUGAGCGCAGAGCUGAGGAACAAUCCAAGCAUGACAACGCACCCAGGUGGGGUAGCAGCUUCGAUCACUGCCGCUGCACGACUGAACGAGGGCAAUGCAGAGGGGGUGGUGAGCGCAGAUCUGAGGAACAAUCCAAGCCUGACAACACACCCAGAUGGGUUGGCAGCCUCCAUCAUCGCCACCGCGGAUCUGAAUGAGGAUGGUUCAGGUAUAUGAAAAAGUAACAGCAGCUUUAACCGAGAGUUUUGGGUGAGUGUUUAGGUAUAUGAAAAAGUAAACAGCAACUUAAGUGAGAGUUGUGAGUAAGUGUUUUGGAAAUGAAGUGUGUUGGUGUGAUCAGGAUUUUAGUUUCUGAUGAAUACCGUUAUUUGUGCCUUUGAAAACAAAACUCUGCUCCAGAAGAAAGCGGUUAUUAUUUUUACUUUCUUUUUCUUUCGUUAGUUUUUUGAAAUUGAGAGGUAAAUAAGAAGAGGAGGGGGAAAACCAGCUGUUGAUUUCAGAAUGUGUUGACUGUUCACUGUGUAGUCAGGUUUUUUUGUUUUUAUUUCAAAAGGAUUGAGAAAGUGUUCAUGGAUAUGGAUUGGUCUCUCUCUGCAGGUUCUAUUUCAAA